UACAGCAUACAUUAUAGAAAAUUUUUAAACAAUGUAAAUGGAUUGAAAGUGUUACAUAAAUACUCAUGAAUUCUUAAAGUAUUCUACGCAAAAUAUUCGUUUCCAAAGUUUUGCUCGCUUUUGCAUGUGUUAGCAGAUUAUUUGUCAAGCACAGUAGAGUAUAAUUAUUAUUAAUGUAAAGCGAAUGAAUAACUAAAGCGUAUAUUUUUAAUAUCCUAACAGGAUGAGCGAACAGAAUUUUCCACGCUUACAAAAUGAUAGUAUUUUAAGAGCAGCGAGGGGCGAGCCCGUCGAUACUGUUCCAGUGUGGAUAAUGCGACAAGCUGGUAGAUAUCUACCAGAGUUCAGAGAGUUAAGAGCCAAGCACGACUUCUUUAGUAUUUGUCAAACGCCGACACUGGCUUGCGAAGUAACGCUCCAGCCAAUUAAGAGAUUUCCCUUAGAUGCCAGCAUCAUUUUCUCUGAUAUACUGGUCAUUCCGCAGGCCAUGGGACUUGUAGUUGAAAUGAAACCGGGCAUUGGACCCGUAUUACCUGAACCUUUGAUAGAUCCGUCGCAUCUCUCUAAAUUAAGGAUACCCGACGUAGAGAAAGAUUUGGGUUACGUUGGCGCUGCUAUUACACUGACCAGACAUAGUUUACAAGGAAAAGUACCACUAAUUGGUUUCACCGGCGCUCCUUGGACUUUAAUGGGAUACAUGAUUCAAGGUGGUGGAAGUUCUACCAUGGCACAAGCCAGAAUUUGGCUCUACAAAUAUCCAGAAGAAUCCCACAAAUUAUUGCAAAUGAUUACAGAUGUUAUUGUGGAUUACCUAGUUAUGCAAGUUAAGGCGGGUGCUCAGUUAUUACAAGUUUUUGAGAGUCACGGAGAUUUUCUAAAUACCGAAUUAUUUAAGGAGUAUUCCCUUAAAUAUUUCAAACAAAUUCGUGAUAAAGUAAAGGAGAAGCUAGAAAUCCUGAAUGUUCCAGCAGUACCGAUGAUUGCAUUCCCUAAAGGAGCUAAUCUUGAUUCUAUAGAGAUAUUUGCCAAAGAAGCUGGAUACGAGGUAAUAGGCUUGGAUUGGACCAUCGAUCCAAUCGAAGCUCGAAAGAGAGUAGGACCGAAUAUUACUCUUCAAGGGAAUAUGGACCCUACAGCCUUGUACGCAACAACGGAGAAAGUACGUCAGAGAGCUGAAAACAUGGUGCGUGAAUUCGGGAAAGGUCGCUACAUCGCUAACCUAGGUCAUGGAGUAUUACCGGAUGCACCAAUUCCCUCAGUCGAAGCAUUCAUCGAAGGCAUCCAUUCUGUAUAACAGAGCUGUGCUGUGAUAUUGUUUUUACUCUGUACUCGACUUAAUACGACGUUUUGAGAAAUGUCAAAUGGUUUUAUAUUAAAAAAAAAAAACAAUUGUUAAAAACAAUAUGUGAAAAGUAGAAGGUAUAUUAAG